AUGAUUGUCCGGCAAUUAUGCGUGCGGCAGAGCCGCCAGCUCCUCGCCUGCAACCGCCAGGCCCUCAUCCUGAGGAGGUUUUCCUCGACCGAGACAACUGUCGAUGCUCCAGUCCGAGGUGCCCAGACCCUUCUAGAGUUUAGCACAGCAUCGGAGUCCGUACGGCUGGCUGCACAAGAGGCCUGGAGCAAAGCAGAGGAACGACGACACGCAUUUCGCGGCCUCGGUAGCGUUGUCAGAAACGCUUACAAGCCGGAGGACACCAUCCAAAACCCUCCCACCCCUUCCGCCGUCACCCUCGAACUCCUCCUCGCAUCGCAGACCCACCUUGGCCACUCGACCUCCCGCUGGAACCCUCAAAACUCCCGCUAUAUCUUCGGUAUCCGGGAUGAUAUCCAUAUCAUCUCGCUGGACGUGACGGCGGCGUACCUCCGCCGCGCCGCCAAAAUUGUCGAGGAAGUUGCUGCCCGCGGCGGACUGAUUCUCUUCGUCGGCACCCGGAAGGGCCAGAAGCGCGCCGUCGUCCGCGCUGCCGAGCUCGCCAAGGGCUACCAUAUCUUCGAGCGCUGGAUCCCCGGCAGCUUAACCAACGGCGAGCAGAUUCUGGGCCAUUGUGAAACGAAAGUCGUCAACGCGAUGGACGAGGAACUCCCCCAUUUCAAGGACAACCUGACGGAUCGGGCGGCGCUGAAGCCCGAUCUCGUGGUCUGCUUCAACCCGCUGGAGAAUGUCGUGCUGCUACACGAGUGUGGGCUGAAUAAUGUGCCGACCAUUGGUAUUAUUGAUACCGAUGCGGAUCCUACGCGCGUGACGUAUCCGAUUCCUGCCAACGACGACAGUCUGCGCUCUGUUGGUGUUAUUGCCGGGGUUUUGGGCCGGGCCGGUGAAGCUGGUCAAAAGAGGAGACUUGAGAGCGCGCAGAAAGGGGAACUCACUUACAAGCCGGUGCAUAUUGAGGAGCUGACUGGCUCACUUGAUAACUAA